AUGGAUAUAACACAAAAAAUUGAUCCACAAAUGCUUAAAAAUGUCACUUAUAAAAAAUUAUUACCAUUUAUGAUGUUAUCGGUAUGUUUUAGUACACGUGAUUUAUUAUGCUAUGCACAACUUUCAUAUGAUACUAUAUUAAUAUCAAUUAAAAGUAAUACGAAAUUACCAUUAACAGUUAAUAGUUUAUUUCCUUCUCAUGGUCUUGAUUUAACAUCUUCAUUACAAAUUCUAAUUGAUGAAUUAUAUGUUCGUUAUCUUGAAAGACUUUUAAUAAUUGGUCAAUAUCUUAAAAAUGAUAUAUGGUGUUUAUAUGAAAUACGUGCACGUAUUUAUACAUUAUUACAACGAUCAAAAUAA